UCUAUCUCAUACAAAUUCGUCUGCACUCUGCAUCACCUCCGUCCCUCUCUCUCUCUCUCUCUCUCUCUCUUUGUCUCACAGAUCAAAUUGGUCUCCACUCUGCACAAGCUCUCUCUUUCUAGAAACUAGUCUGUACCCUUCUCUCUCCCUCUCUUUCUCUCUGUUCCCCCGAGAAGAAAGGGAGAAGAAAAAGGAGGAGGGGGAGAGCAGAAACAAUGGUGCCCAGAACCUCAGCCGACGAUGACAACUUAGAGUCGGAACCAGUGGUGGCGGAGCUGGAGGGUGUCCUCCUCAGGGACGCCGACACCUUCCCUUACUUCAUGCUCAUGGCCUUCGAAGCCUCAGGCCUCCUCCGCUUCACCCUCCUCCUCCUCUCCUGGCCGUUCUCCCGCGCACUCUCCGCCCUCGGCUUCCCCGGCGCCGCUCUCCGCCUGGUCGCCUUCGUGGCGCUGGCGGGGCUCCGCCGCUCCGAGGUCGAGCUCGUCUCCAGGGCCGUCCUGCCGAAGUUCUUCAUGGACGACCUCGACGUGGAGGCGUGGCGGGCGUUCGCGGGAGGAGGCCGGAGGUUGGUGGUGGUGACGCGGUGUCCGGCGGUCAUGGUGGAGUGGUUCGCGAGGGAGCACCUCCGGGCGUACGCCGUGGUGGGGGCGGAAAUCGUGGUGAACAGCUUCGGCCGUGCCACCGGCCUCGUGCAUCCCGCCGUCGCCGGCGACAUCGAAGAUCGAGUCAAGUGCGCCGACGUCUGGCUCGGCGGUACGCCGUCCGACCAGCUACUGGUCUCCCCAUGCAAGGGACAGAAUUGUGCACACUUGGCUCGAGCUCACUCGGACCAGCCUUUCCAGCCACCACCUGUUGUGUUCCAUGAUGGCCGGCUUGUGCCCCGGCCGACGCCGUCUACCGCUCUUCUCAUCCUCCUCUGGUUCCCCCUCGGCGUGUUGCUCGCCCUGGUACGCAUUGUGGUCGGGAUCAGCCUACCAAUGUCCCUAAUCCCCUAUGCCAUACCCAUCCUCGGCGGCAAGCUUACGGUCCGGGGCAACCUGCCACCACCGGUGAGCGACAAUGCCGGUGGCAACGGUGUACUCUUUGUGUGCACCCACCGGACCCUGUUGGACCCACUUGCACUGGCCAUAGUCCUGCAACGCAGGCUAACUGCAGUCACGUACUCUCUAUCCCGUCUAUCUGAGCUCCUUUCGCCCAUACCAACCGUUCGAUUAACCCGAGAUCGUCGAGUAGACGCGAACCGAAUCCGUCAUGAGCUCGAGAAAGGAGACCUUGUUGUGUGUCCGGAAGGUACCACAUGCCGGGAACCAUACCUACUAAGGUUCAGCGCACUCUUUGCUGAGCUCACCGACCGGAUCGUCCCGGUCGGCAUUAACUACCGGGUCGGUUUCUUCCACGCUACCACGGCUCGGGGGUACAAGGCGAUGGAUCCGAUAUUCUUUAUGAUGAACCCGAGGCCGGCCUACGAGGUGGCCUUUCUUGAUCAGUUGCCGGCCAAGCUCACUUGCGCCGGGGGAAAGAGCCCUUACGAAGUUGCAAACUACACCCAGAGCAUACUGGGUUCGGCCAUGGGGUACAAGUGCACCAUGUUGACGCGCCGGGAAAAAUAUCAAGUUCUCGCCGGAAAUGAUGGAUCGGUGUCAUAUAGUUCAUAUUGGGAACAUAUUCUUAAGAUAGUCCGGCAAAAGUCCUGGUUAUGGGCGCAAAUCCAUUGGUGUGGAACAUUUUCUUUUCCAAGCGGCAUAAAGGAUUGGAAAAAUGAAAUAGUUGUUGCGGAUUAAGAAAGAAUUUGUAUCUUAAUGCAUGUAAUUUGAUUUGUUGUUGGUUAUUAGAACCCAAUUUGCAUUUGGGGAUUGUAAUAACAAGAAUAUUUCUAGUGAAACAUCUUCACAACAACUUGAAAGAUAGUUCACUAGUUCGCUUUCCAGUGUUUUUGGAUUUAUUAA